ACCCCGAGGGGUCAGUGCUGAGUGCUGACCGAUAGUGAGACGUAAGUUUAUUAUACAAGUUUAUUAUACUUAUACAAACGCGAUUUAAUUCAGAGGCGUUCAUAGUGUAAGUUGCAAAUCGAAGCGUGGCAUCGAAUACUUCCCGUCAAGCGUGAGUGAGAUAUUCGACACCAAAAAAAAUGUUCACGAAUAAAAGAGCAUGGUUUUCUAGCAGCGUGGACAAACAGCUUGUGAACAUGUGGGUUGCCAAGGGAGGCCAAUUGUGCUCCAUGCUGUCUGCAGACUUCCUGUUCAGCGAUGAUGCCACCAGCACUGACACUCAAACAAUCUACAACUCCUGGAUGUAUUUAGUGCAUGAUGUUACAGUAUUUCAUUCAAGCUAUGUUGCUGCAUGCUUGGAUUCAAAAACAUUCAAGAAUAUAUCAAUUGGUCAUUAUGUCCUGCCUCCAGCAAAGCUGCAUGACGAAAUAAGAAAGAAGGUUGGAGCAUUUAUAUGGGAAGUGAAUUCACCGCCACAUACUAAGAAGGAAAUUUCAAUAAAAAGAAAACGAGAAAAAAAUGGAUUCACAACUAAAAAAUAUCUUCUGAAUGAUUCAGGAGUUGAUGUGACAGAGGAUACAAGAGAAAUCAAUAAUUCAGCGCAGCACAUGAACUCUAAGGGAAACUGCUGUCAACUAAAGCAGCAUAAUUACCAACUUAACAACCUCAUUGGUAACUUCACUCAUGCCAGUGACAUGAAGCAAUACAAAGGAUACCUGCGUGACUUCAUGUGUGCUGCUACCAGCUAUGCAGUGAAGCGAAUGUGAUUAAACUAAUUCUUGAAAGUUAAUCAAGAUAUAACCGCAAGAAAAUAGCACCGAAAUGAAUAAAAACUACCCGGGGUGAUGUACCGAUGCAGAAAUGAUAAUUUAAAAGCAGGCAUGUUAAAAAGUCUGUAUGGUAGUUAUGUCCCUUACUGGAAUUUAUGGAUAGUUGAAUCGACAUGACUAUACGCAAGGAAUUACAUAUUAGAUGUUUUUGUCUAUAUUGUUGAGACUAUAUUUUUUACUAUAAAACUAAAGUUUCAUGCUCAAUUUAUUUCAUAACAUUUAGCACAGAAUUCAAUAUUAGUUUUUCAAUUUUAUUUGUGAAGAGCCGUGUUAUGAUUUUUUUUCAAAAUCACCCACUUUACACCAGGGCAUCUCAGAGUGCUCUACGUGCGAUAUGCGACUUACAUCACACCUCAAACAUUUAAAAUGGUACAGUUUGACACAGCACCUGGGCUGCAAGCAGGCAUGUCUGCCAGUAAGGGACAGUGAUUUGCUAUGUGUCAUUCCCAUUGGGUAUUGUGCGGGUAACUUUUAGAGUUUGGCAAAUUUGGACCAUGACGCAAGCACACAAUGACAUCCACUCUGAAGUUAAUGGCGUAUAUUUUGACGGUUAAUCCACUCGUUAAUAACCAGAGCGGCCUAAAGGAAUCGAACUACGAACCUCUGCAGUAUGUGGCAUAUGCCCUAUCGAUGGACGAAAUCAUUGUCCCACAUUUACGCGUGGUUUUUGCACUUCAUUAAACAUGUAGACAAACGUGAAAUUGUCAUUAAAUGCCGUAAUUUGUUAUAUCAGAGUUGCAUCAGUAAAUAGCAGAGGUGGGACAAAGUCAUUGUUAUGUAAGUCCAAGUCGAGUCUGAAGUCAUCAAAUUCAUGACUCGAGUCUGACUCGAGUCCAAGUCACAUGACUCGAGUCCACACCUCAGAGGUGGGACAAAGUCAUUGUUAUGCAAGUCCAAGUCGAGUCUGAAGUCAUCAAAUUCAUGACUCGAGUCUGACUCGAGUCCAAGUCACAUGACUCGAGUCCACACCUCAGAGGUGGGACAAAGUCAUUGUUAUGCAAGUCCAAGUCGAGUCUGAAGUCAUCAAAUUCAUGACUAGAGUCUGACUCGAGUCCAAGUCACAUGACUCGAGUCCACACCUCUGGUAAAUAGGGGAAAGGAAUGUUUGUUAUUGGAGUUCAUGAAUAUACAUCUGCAUUGCAUUAUUUUGAGCAUUACCUAAACAUACCCGAGGCUUAAUUUUAAAGGGUAUAUCAUUGUGAACCAUUGCCAUAGACUAAAUCCUAAAAAAAACUGCCUUUUACUAUCUUGUAAAACUAAUGGAUUAAUCGACUGACUGCCAAAACUUGAUCUUGCCUUAUUGGUCUGGCUCCCUAGCAAUGCAUACAUGUUUGUUAAAUACCGCAUGUUGGUUACUCAAUUCAUGGGCACCAGGAUAGAUUGAAUCUGCUUUAUAUUCGGAAUUACUGUUUGCUGUUACCCUGUUAAUAUGCUGCUGUUGGUGUUUUACAAAUGUAAACGUGAAUUAAAGGUUUUUAAUUGUUGACAAA